AUGGAACCAAACCUUGUUGCUAUGAAUUUACCCACUGCCUUCCCAUAUAUAACAUCGAGCAGGCAUAGUAACGUUUCAACUUCAAAACCUUUAGUACCUCUGACACCAACGAUUACGAAUUGCUCAGCAACGACUUUUCUUAUUGUGUCCGGCUAUCUUUGCUGGUUCAUUAUAUUUCCUUAUCUACGCAGAAACUGGAAUCCUAGCAGAAAGAUGAUGUCAAAUCUACACAUCGAGAGCGUUACCCUGGUCAUUUUUCAUCUCGCUUACCGCUUACCUUGUAUAGUGCACAUGUUUUCGGUUGAUAACGCCUAUAUGAACAGAGGAGAUUACGGGUACCUAGUGCUACCAAUCAGUCUGGUGCUCCUUUUUGCUAUUGCCAAGACAGCCAGCUAUUAUUUCCGGAGAAUUGUCUAUCCUCAAGAUUUUAGCAGAGAAGACUUAUUAAUCGCCGAACCCAGUGAAUUUCAUGAGGAGACGCUCGAUCUUCCAAACCAACAUCGUGUCAGUAGACAAACCCGGCAGCGGUACUUUGCUCAAGGAGAAUACCAGAAUAUCGAUGGACAAGAAGACUGCCGAAAUCCCUACAACAUUCCAAGACUUGAAGAAAUACGAACGAUACUGAAUUUUCUACUUUUCUUUUCACUGUUGUCACUGAUCCUCGUGGUCGUCAAUCCGGACACCUGCUUUCAGAGGGAUCCACUUCCUAGAUUUUUGCUAUGCGCCGUACACGCUGGACACUUGACGUCUGUCAUACACAAACGAAUCAUGUACAACGGAAUUGAAAAACCCUACGUUGUGGUCAUUGUCGUCGUCAUUAUAUUGGCAAUCGACUUUUGCAUGUUCCACGUGUAUGAAUGGCAUGAGUCGACCAAAGUCGGUGUAAUAAUCACUUUCGAGAUAAUAUUCGGAGCAGCAGCUCUCUACAUCAUCAUCUGGAAGAUCCUGCUUCGUUACACGCCAACCAAAUCAGAACGCUUACGGACGAUCCUUUCCUGCCUCCCUUACCUGAUAUUAACGCUUUCUACCAUAAUAACCGGAAUGAAAAAAGUGAAAAUUGGACUAAGUCUUUCAAAGUGUGCCUGA